CGCUUCAUCCCUAAGAUUAGACGAAUACGGAGUGUCGCGUAGUGAACACGAUACGGAUGUCAAAAAGGCACAAUACUUUUAUUCCUACACGUAUUUUCAUCCGCGAUCGCGAUUUAAGGAUAAAAUAAUAGGAAAAUAUCGAGUCGUCGAUAGUGUUGUGUUAUCAGUUCGUGUAACCUUGGAGUAAGAUUGAAUUAUUAGAUAACAAUACAAAACACCAUAAACGAUGGAGCAAAAGAACACGAAUGAUUCUCAGACUUGGGAUUUAUCUUAUCGUACGAAGGCCAAUUUAGAUUCAGAAAGAGAAUCUGAAUUUCUGAAUUAUCCUAAGGUUCUAGACUUGUCAUGCAAAAACCCCGUGUCACCUGUAACAACUAGCACGAAUACAACAGCCUGUUUAUCUCAAAGCUCGCCUGCAGAUACGAACAAGCAACAUCAACAUUCAAGUUUAUCAGAUGUGGAAAAACAGAGUUCUUUUGCGAACAGCAUGCUGUUGUCAUCCUCUGAGCUGAAAUCAUUGAUGCAAAUGACCGAGAAGUGCGAAUCAUACAACAGCAUUGGCGGUAAAAUUAACGAAAGUUUACAACAACUUGUUCCAUCUUCGACCGUAACAAUGGAGGUUCCAACUUUGUCUCCGCCGCAUUUAUCUAUGCAUCUAAACAACCAGACCAUAACGAUUCCAACAACGACAUCAACAAUCACAUCGACAUCUACAUCAUACGUGAGCACAUCUUUGCAGACAAAUGAUGAAACCUCCAAAAAUCUGCUAAACUUUAUGCCUGAGCCGUCGGCUCAAAUCGCAAUGUUCCCAGCAGCGUUUGAUGCGAUAAAGAAGACAGCAAGACCUUUCAAAGCAUAUACGAACGAUACUUUACUUAUAAAUAGAUCGAGAGAAAUAGUCGACCCUAUGCUUAAUCAUGAGUCGAAAAAGAAUUACUUGCAAUUCCGGGCGAAGAUGCUCGAGUCUGUUAAAAAAAUUAACUUACCAAAUCCUAAAAUGCGUCGAACAAUCAGAAGUCCGGGAGAACCUACUAGCACUGCUGAUGAAAAGACCGCCGCUUAUUAUGAGAGAAGAAGGAAAAAUAACGAAGCAGCGAAGCGUUCUAGAGAUGCUCGAAGGGCCAAAGAAGACGAGCUUGCUAUCUGGGCAACCUUUCUCCAAGAAGAGAACGCAAUGCUGAAGAGUCAGUUAACAAGAUCAUAUUAUCUGUUACAACAAGAAGGUUAUAAUAUAAAUCAUUUGAUGACAUAUAAUCUUAUUUGAAAGUAAUAUUUCGAAUGUGUUUGUAUAUGAUAAUAAGCAAUGAUCUGAUCUGGUCUGACAUCCGAUAUCGACCGAUUAUUCGGAACAUUAGUAUAUAUGUAGAGCAUAUAUAUAGUUAAUGCAUCUAGUAUGUUAUAUUGUAUGUAU